AUGGCGGGGCUGACCCCGCGGCCGCUGGCAGACACGGGGAGCCAGGCCAGCAGCCUCAUGUUCACCCACAGCCGGGGGCCGACCACGCUCGGCAGCCAGGGCCUCGCGGAGCUCUCCCAGCUCAGCGCCUUCGGCCCCCUCGGCUGCACCGCCGACUGGGCCGCCGGGAGCGUGCGCACGCCGGGCGGCGCCGCGGGAGGCGCUCCUGCGGAGGCCGCGGCAGGCGCGCGGGCGCCCUCGGCCGAGGCGGAGGCCUGCCUGGACAGGAUGGGCCCCCGCAGCGGCAGCCGCUCCGCGAGGGGCCGGCGGGCGUCGGCGGCGGGGCGAGGGGCGUCCCCCGCCGGAGGCAGCGCCAGCCCGCAGCCCGCCGCCGGGCCCGCGGCCGAAGGGCGCACGCAAGGCCGCGGGGCGGGACGGCCGGGGCAGGCCAGGUCGCGCAGCGGCUCGCGCUGCCCAGCGGGCCCCGAGGACACGCUGGACCUGCUGGUCAAAGCAGAGCGCGGCAGCCCACCAGGAGCCUGA